AUGCCCCGAGACCCCCAGGAUACCCUGGGAGCCACCCUGGACCCCUCCCUGGGAUUCCCUGAGACCCCCGGGAGCCACCUCAGAGCCCCCCCAGGACACGGCUCCAGAUUAAACACCCGGGGGUCCCGGGGGGUCCAUGGGGAGCGUGUGGAAGCGGCUGCAGCGCGCGGGGAAACGCGCGGCCAAAGUUCGCUUCGAGGCCACGCUGGAGGAGCUGCUGGUGGAGGGGGGGGGCAGCUGCCCCGCAGGUGGCAGCCGGGCAUCCAGGACCCGCGGCGGGGCAUGGUGGUCUGGGUGGUGCCCGAGACCCUCGAGGUGGUCGUGACCCUGUACCGGGACCCCCAGGCCGCCGCCUUCGAUGACAAAACCUGGAACUUCCUCGUGGUCAAUGUGAGCCGGGGCCGGCGCUCGGUGGUGGCCGCGGCCCCACUGGAGCUGGGGCGCCUGGCGGGGGUUGGGGACACGGCCCUGUCCCUGUCCCUGCGGCCCCGCACACGCAAGGUGACAACGGCGACGCUGCGGCUGCGGCUGCGCGGGCUCGUCCUCAUGGAGGGACACCCCACGGACGAGGACAUGCAGAGUGUCACCAGCCUGAGCCCCCCCGGGGACGUGGCCGACCUUGGGGACUUCGAGAGUGACCCCGAGGACGAGGGGGGGACACACAGGGCGGGGGGCGCCACCCCUGCGCCCCGAGCGCCCCCUCCCAGCCGGGACCCCCCCAAUUUGGGGACACGGAGGGACCCCCCACAGCCCCCCCCCGAAAUAACCACGGACCCCCCCGGGGGUCGCGGGGCGCUCCUGGCCUGGUGCCGGGGGGUCACGGCCGGGUACCCGGGGGUCUCCAUCGCCGAUUUCGGGGGGUCCUGGAGCAGCGGGUUGGGGUUCUGCGCCCUCCUGCACCGGCUGAGACCCCGAGAGAUGGAGGGUGAUUUCAGCGCUCUGGACCCCCGGGACCACCGGGGCAACAACAAACGGGCCUUCGAUGCCUUCGCUGCCCUGGGGGUCCCGCGGCUCCUGGACCCCUCGGACAUGGAGACCCCCGACAGCCUGGGGGUCAUGACCUUCCUCAGCCAGGUCCGGGCAAUCCUGGGGACCCCCCCGGGGACCCCCCCGGACCCUCGGAGUGACGUCACCAAGGGGGGGCCCCAAGAGAACCCCCCGGACCCCCAGAGCGGCUCCAUCGAGGAGGGGAGACCCCCGGAAUCACCGGGUGACGUCAUCGAGGGGGGGCCCCAAACGACCCCCCCAGAGACCCCCCCGGACCUUCGGAGUGACGUCAUAAAGGGAGGACCCCAAACGACCCCCCAGGGGACACCCCCUGACCCCCUGAGUGACGUCAUCGAGGGGGGACCCCAAACCAAACCCCCAGGGAGGCCCUCGGACCUUCGGAGUGACGUCAUCGAGGGGGGACCCCAAACGACCCCCCCGGACCUUCAGAGUGACGUCAUCGAGGGGGGACCCCAAACGACGCCGCCGGGGACACCCCUAAACCCCCAGAGUGACGUCAUCGAGGGGGGACCCCAAACCAAACCCCCAGGGACGCCCCCGGACCUUUGGAGUGACGUCAUCGAGGGGGGACCCCAAAAGACCCCCCCGGGGACGCCCCCAGAUUCCCGGAGUGACGUCACAGAGGGGGGACCCCAAACGCCCCCUCCAGAAACUCCCCCGGACCUUCAGAGUGACGUCACCGAGGGGAGACCCCAAACGACGCCCCCGGGGACACCCUUAAACCCCCAGAGUGACGUCAUCGAGGGGGGGCCCCAAACGACCCCCCCGCGCCCCCAGAGCGGCUCCAUUGAGGAGGAGCCCCAAGAGCCCCCCCUGGACCCCCAGAUCCCCCCAGAGACCCCAACGGGGACCCCCCAGAAACCCCAAAUCAGCGUCAGCGAGGGGGGGCCCCAAGAGACCCCCCCAGACCCCCCCCAGAUGGACACAGAGCAGGGGGAGACCCCCCCAGAGCCCCCCAUGGAGGGGGAGCCCCCCCAGGACCCCCAAACCGAGACCCUGAAUGAGGGGGGGAGCCCCCCCCGGGACCCCCGGCUCGGCCCCGUUGAGGGGGAGCCCCCCCAAGACCCCCCCCCAGUAUUUGGGGAGGGGGCGGCAGUGCCCGAGCCCCCCCCCCGCUCCCCCCGGCCCGUGGGGGUGGGGAGGGGUCUCCCCACGCCCCCCCCCCGCUCCAGGAGCUUCCCCCGCCUGCGGGACCCCCCCCCCAAGGGUGACGUCGGGACCCCCCCAGAGACCCCCAGGGAGCCCCCGGAGACCCCCGAGGAGGAGAGCGGGGGACAGUGGGUGACAGCAGAGCUGCUGGCCCUGGAGCAGGAGCAGGCCCGGUUGGACGCUCAGGCCCCGGCGCUGGAGCGGGAACUGCGGGAGCUGAUGGACAGCGGCGCGGACCCCGCCCGCGAGGAGCGGCUGCUCCGGGCCUGGUUCUCGCUGGUGCAGCAGCGGAAUUUGCUGGUGCGGCGCCAGGACCAGCUGCAGCUGCUGGCGCAGGAGCGGGACCUGGAGCGGCGCUUUGAGCUGCUGAGCCGGGAGCUGCGGGGGCUGCUGGGGACAGAGGAGUGGCAGAAGCCGCCGGCGCAGCGCGAACGCGAGCAGCUCUUACUGGAGGAACUGGUGGCACUGGUGAACCGGCGGGACCGGCUGGUGCGGGACCGGCACCGCCGCGAGAGCAGGGCGCUGGAGGAGGAUGAGGAGCUGCGGAGGAGCCUCGAGCCCCGGCGGCGCCGCUUCGGCCGCAGGGAAACGUGCGGGAUCUGCUGAGGGACCCCCAAAAUCCUCCGGGACCCCCAAAAUCCUCCGGGACCCCUCCCCGGGAACCCCCAGAUCCCGGUGGAUGUGGCAAUAAAGGAGAAUUUCUGUGUGAAA